AGUGUGUGUUAGAGGAGCUUCAGAGAGCUCUGGCUCCUGAAGGAAGAAGAAUACACACAGUAUUUAUUUAUUUAUCUUAAUUUACUCACACAACCUUUGAUUUUGAUUUUUUUUCUCUGAUGUGGAUUACUUGAAGCUGACUCACCAGGAUUAAAAAGAAAAGGAUAUUUUAUUGAAAGCUAUGGUGGCUUACGAUGAACUGGGUAGCUUGGUGCCUACGAAACGGACUCUGCAAGUGAUAGACUGCCAGAACCAAGCCAACAAAGAGUCAGAGGAACCCAGCACAAAGCGUGUCCGUCCUCUCGGCAGGGUGACGUCGCUAGCCAACCUCAUUUCUCCGGUGAAGAAUGGGGCCGUCCGGCGCUUCGGCCAAACCAUCCAGGCCUCUUUCCGAGGCGAUGGCAAGUCGCCGGGCGUGCCCCAGAAGCCUUGCAGCAAGGCAGCGGCCCCCACGCCGCCCAAAAGGAGGAACAGCAUGCUGUGGUCGGAGAUGCUAGACGUCCACCAGAAGGGAACUUUCUCCACCAAAGAGAUCAAGCGGCAGGAGGCCAUAUUUGAGCUGUCUCGUGGAGAGCAGGACCUGAUUGAGGACCUCCAGCUUGCACGCAAGGCGUACCAUGACCCAAUGCUGAAGCUCUCCAUUAUGUCAGAGGAGGAGCUCACUCACAUCUUCGGCAACCUGGAUGCCUACAUCCCUCUGCACGAAGACCUCCUGGCACAGCUCUCCAAAGCUACGGGGCCAGAUGGGACCGUGGGCCAGAUCGGACAAAUUGUCGUAAACUGGCUGCCGAGGCUUAACGCCUACAAAGACUACUGCAGCAAGCAGCUGGCAGCCAAGGCGCUGCUGGACCAGAAGAAGCAGGACCGGCGGGUGCAGGACUUCCUGCAGCGCUGCCUUGAGUCGCCCUUCAGCAGGAAGCUGGACCUGUGGAGUUUCCUGGACAUCCCGCGCUCCCGCCUGGUCAAGUACCCACUGCUGCUUAAAGAGAUACUGAAGCACACUCCACAAGAGCACCCAGAUGCAGCCAGCCUAGAGGAAGCGAUCACCAUCAUGCAGGGUGUGCUGUCUGACAUCAACAUGAAGAAGGGAGAGUCUGAGUGCCAGUACUACAUUGACAAGCUGGAGUAUCUGGACGACAAGCAGAAGGACCCUCUGAUCGAACAGUGCAAGAGUCUGCUGUGUCACGGGGAGCUACGCAACAAGAGUGGCACGAAGCUGCAUGUGUUCCUGUUUACCGAGCUGCUGGUUCUGACCCGCCCCGUCACCAGGAACGAACGGCAGUGUUUCCAGGUUUACCGGCAGCCAAUCCCUGUGCACGAUCUUGUGCUAGAGGACCUGCAGGACGGAGAUGUCAGAAUGGGUGGAUCCUUCAGAGGCGCUUUCAGCAACGCAGAUAAAGCCAAGAACAUUUUCCGCGUGCGCUCACAAGACCCAAGCCAGGCGCAGUCCCACACGCUGCAGGUCAACGACGUCUUCCACAAGCAGCAGUGGCUCAACUGCCUCCGCAGCGCCAUUUCCGUCCACCGGCCCCUCAGCGAGCCCUCCACGCCCUCCCCACCUGCGAGCGACGCCCGAUCCAAGCGCCGCCCUUCCUCCGUCUCCGCCAUUGUCCACAUGGAGGAAACCGACGAGAACUGCCCACAGCCAGCCUCUCAGUCCGCCCCCACCUCACCGUGCAGCAGCACAACCCCCAGCCCCACCACAUCGUCCCCUUCAUCCUGCUCCUCCUCGUCUUCUUUGUCGACGACGUCAUCGUCUUCGACGUCGCCGCUCUCCUCGCCCACAUCGCACAAAACCAAAAAGGACAAGAAGUCUCUCUGUUCUUUAGGGAAGAGAAAAGAGACUAUGGUGUGAGCUGAGGAGAAGGAGAAAAUGGACUCCUGGGUGGACAUUUAUUUUGUACAUAAAUGUUAAAACUACGUGGAGGAGCGUGGGACUUGUAUUUAUGUGUGUCUGCGUGUGUGCGUAUUAUUACAACAGUGUUCUGUGUUACUGUCCUCUUCGGCAGCUAUUUACCUUACCCCUCCAUCCAAGUGCAUCCCACAGAGAAGCAGUAUUCUGGAGAGACAUGCACAGCUUCCACCAGCUUUAAAAAGGGAAGCAUUAUGAGAUGCAAACACAUUUUGCAUGUGUGUUGUUUUCUUAGAGAUCAAGGUUGUGCAUUCAAUCCUGUUUACUAUUAAUUUGAUAUUUAAGCAUUAUUUUAGACCUUUAAGGGGGGCUAAUGAAAGUUUUACAUUUUUAUAUUCUAAAAUUUAUUGUAGUAUUUUUUUAGGUAUCAUAAAGCAGCACUGUUUUAGCUUUUAGGUGAAGUUAUUUGAAAUUGAGCAUAUUUAGCAGGCAAGAAAGGAGGAGAAUCCCCCCCAAAAGAUGAACUCCACAAUGCUACAAAUCUCUCUGUAAAAGUCUGAUUUUUAGACUAAUCAGAAGACAGUCUUAUUUUUAUACAUUCCUUUAAUGACAGAUGUUAGAUUUUUCUGCAUUUACUGCAGUCAGAGGCAUUAAUUUAUAUCCAGUGACAGAUGAGACAACAGUCUCUCUGUUUGAACAAACAUCACUAUGAAGUGUAGUGGUAGCAAAUCAUCUGAUGUCAAAAUCAUGUCAGAGAAGAGAUGAGAAGUUUUGUUUUGAAACAAAAUUUUGAACUGAGCCAUGUUGGUUUUGAAAAAGCUGACUCUUCAGAAUGAAACAGAUCACUUUUCAGUGUAGCAUCUUGCAUGGAGCUUUAGUUGUGGACACUGCGUGCACCAGUAGAGGCAGCAGGAUGUAUGAACCUGAGUGACAGGAGGGAUAAACAUUUAGAAGACUGGUUGGUGGAAAUAAGAGAAUGUUGUUGAAAGCUGAAGGGAAAAGAGUAAAGAUGGAAAAAGUUAUGUUUUGGAACUGAAAUAGAUUGUUAACGCAAGUUGCUCAACUUCCUGUAUAAGUUGAUGUGAUAUCUUGCUAAAGGAUAGAUGACAGGUGGUUGAAAUCAAGCGAGUGUAAUAGAUGGAAAAGAGUACGUAGGGGAAGAGAGACAAAAAAGAAGGUAUUAGUAUGUGUUGACAAGAUGAAGUAAAGUGAAGAAAAGAAAAGGGCAACUUGCUUGCUACGAAUUGUAUGUAAUUAAAAAACAAUAAAGAUCUAUGUAAGAUUUGCAACUGAACUUUUGGUUUCA